UUAAAAUACAAAGCUCCAUAUCUCGAUCUCCCUGUGAUCUUCAUCAUGAGAACUUCUUCAUUGUUAUCUCUGGCAUGGACUCUUGCUCUUCUAGCUUCCUCUUCUUCUUUGGUUUCUGCUGAUGUAGUCGAAUACACGUGGGAAGUAGCGAACGUGACAAUGCAGAGACUCUGCGAAGAAACAGAAAUAGCUGCAGUUAACGGAAUGUUGCCCGGACCAACCAUUAACGUACGAGAGGGUGACACUGUUAUCGUCCACGCCGUCAAUAAGUCACCCUACAACCUCACUAUUCAUUGGCAUGGAAUACUUCAGCUGAUGAGUCAAUGGGCAGAUGGUCCUGAAUUUGUAACGCAAUGUGCAAUCCUACCAGGAAGAAACUACACUUACAGAUUUAAUGUAACACAACAAGAAGGAACUCUGUGGUGGCAUGCCCACUCUUCUUUCCUUCGUGCUUGGGUCUAUGGAGCCCUCAUCAUUCGCCCUCGCCUGGGAAACUCUUACCCUUUCCCUACACCUCACCAAGAAGUCCCCAUAGUAUUGGGUGAGUGGUGGAAUGCUAAUGUGAUAGAAGUUGAGGAGGAAGCAGUGGAAUUUGGUGGUGCUCCCAAUAUAUCCGACGCUUUCACCAUUAAUGGCUUGCCUGGAGCUCUCUAUAAUUGCUCCCAAAAUCAGACAUUCCGCUUUGAGGUGCAACAGGGAAACACCUACUUGUUGCGAAUCAUCAAUGCUGCACUCAAUGAACACCUCUUCUUCAAGAUAGCAAGUCACACCUUCACCGUAGUCGCCGUCGACGCCGCAUAUACGAAUCACUACCACACCGAUAUCAUCGUGGUGGCGCCAGGCCAAACCGUCGACGCCCUCCUCACCGCCAACCAAACGGUCGGCUCAUACUUUAUGGCGGCCACUCCUUACAGUACCCUAAAUGAGUCGGUGACUCCCGUGGCUGACACGACCACAGUAGGCAUUGUCGUUUACAACGGAUCCACCUCAACCACACCCCCGAUGCCAAUCCUACCCGUCCGUAACGACACACAAACGGCCAACAAUUUCUACCUCAGCAUCACAGGGCUAGCUGGCGGCCCCCACUGGGUCCCCGUUCCAGAAGACGUGAACGAACACAUGUUCAUCACUGUCGGACUCGCUCUUGACUUCUGUAACCUACCGAAUGACACAUGUCGGGGACCGGCUAAUUUCCGCUUGUCUUCGAGCAUGAACAAUGAAUCUUUCGUGUUACCCAGUGGACGAGGACUCUCCAUGUUGGAUGCAUUCUACAGAAAUGCUACUACUGGAGUUUACACCAAAGAUUUUCCAGAUAAUCCUCCUUUGGUGUUUGAUUACACUGAUCCAAGUCUUAACAGUAAUCUAAGUUUAGCCUUCGCUCCGAAAUCCACCAAGGUGAAGACGUUAAGAUUCAACUCGACGGUGCAGAUUGUGUUUCAGAACACAGCCAUACUGGCGGCCGAGAACCAUCCUAUGCACAUUCAUGGAUUCAAUUUCCAUGUUUUGGCUCAAGGGACAGGCAAUUACAACGCUUCAAGAGAUGAAUCCCAGUUCAAUCUUGUGGAUCCUCAGAUUCGUAACACUGUUGCUGUUCCAUUCGCAGGCUGGUCCGUCGUCAGAUUCCAAGCGAAUAAUCCAGGAAUAUGGUUGGUGCAUUGUCAUAUUGAUAAUCACUUGUCUUGGGGGCUUACAAUGGCUUUUGAGGUUGAGAAUGGACCAACACCUGAAACUACACUUCCUCCUCCUCCAGCUGAUCUUCCCACUCAGUGCUAAGUCCAUCAACUAUAUAUACAAAGUCAUCAUUUAAUAUAUACAACCCACAUAUAACGUUGGUGUUUAAAGUAAAAUGAAUAAUAAUAUAAAGAUUAUUGUUUGUGUAUUCGUUUGUAUAUUUGUGAUGUGGGUUCCUAAUUUCAUUUGUUUGAUUAGGAGGGGAGGUAGCGUAGUAAUAAAGGGUAAACAGUUAGCCUCUUGUUUCUGCCACAUUACUUGACCGGUUCACAUCAUUGGAAUUAAUAUAAUAUCCACUUCAUUAUCUUUAUCCAUA